AUGGCUGAAUCAUUCGAUGGGAAUGCAGUUAAGGCCGGGGUGGAUUUCGCUGUCAACUCGAGUGAGCAAGCCACUGACGACUGCUGUGGUAUGAUCGUCGUAUCGUGGGAGGCAGUUGUUCUCCUAUCGCAGAAAGAUGAAGAACAGUGGGAAUUGAUCGGAAGUCGAACCUACAAAUGGAACGGAUCCGAGGCGCUUCGUUGCAAGCACUGGGAUAAAGUCGCUGUUAGAUGGCAUUUAUCAACGUGUGAAUGGCGAGGUGGUCGGCGUUCUUGUAACGGCGGUACAAACGCCGACUUAGCCAGAGAUCCGCAGACUCACUCGGAACUUCCACGAUGGAGAAACGCCUUCACAUAUGCUCAACUUCCAAAUUCGAAUCAUGCAAUUGAAGUCCAGAAAUUUCAGAAACGCCAACACUUACGAUUAGGGUUGGAGGGCUAUGACAAGAAAAUGUUGGAAGUAAAAUUAGUGACCCCGCUGAAGAUUGACGUGGACUGGAAGUGGACAAUCGGUGAAGACGGUUGCAACAACUUUAGCGUCAGGUAG